GUGUGUAAGAAGCGUUGGCUGCUACCAAGGGGUUUAGGGUUCUUCCACUUCUCCAUUUCUCUUCUUAUUUAUCAUUUAAAAUUUGGAAAAAAAGGAAAAUCAGGAUUUCCAUUUUUUCCUGCUCAAGAAAGGUAAAAAUAAUUUUGCAAGGGAAUCGUCAUUAAUGGCCGCGAUUGAUUUGUUCUGCAAUCCUUCGUCUCUUUGCAUUGAUAGACCCAGCCUCAGAGUUGGUUCCAGUUGCUUUUCAGUGGAAGGAAAACUGAGGAGGAGUGGAAUUGCGUAUAUGGCUUCCUCUGUGCCUAUAAAAGAGGAGAGUCGGGAGAAUCUGGGCUGCUCGGUGACUGGAGAUUCGUUUAUUCGGCCUCAUCUCCGCAAAUUAUCCCCAUAUCAGCCCAUCCUGCCCUUUGAGGUAUUGUCUACUCGUCUUGGUAGGAAGCCUGAAGAUAUCGUAAAACUUGAUGCGAAUGAAAACCCAUAUGGUCCACCUCCAGAGGUUUUAGAAGCUUUGGGGUCCAUGAGAUUCCCUUAUAUUUAUCCUGACCCUGAAAGCCGUAGUUUGCGAGCUGCACUUGCUGAAGAUUCAGGCAUUGAAUCUGAAUAUAUUCUUGCUGGGUGUGGUGCAGAUGAACUGAUUGACUUGAUUAUGCGAUGCGUAUUGGAUCCUGGCGACAAAAUCGUGGACUGCCCACCAACAUUUACGAUGUAUGAGUUUGAUGCAGCAGUUAAUGCUGCACGCGUCAUCAAGGUGUCUCGGAAGUUAGACUUCAGCUUGGAUGUAGAACAGAUUGCUGAAGUUGUUGAGCAGGAGAGACCUAAGUGCAUAUUCCUAACUUCACCUAAUAAUCCAGAUGGGAGUAUAAUCAAUGAUGAAACCCUGUUGAAAAUACUUACUCUGCCAGUAUUGGUUGUGCUGGAUGAAGCGUACAUUGAAUUUUCUGGAAUUGAGUCUAGGAUGAGCUGGGUGAAGAAAUAUGAGAAUCUAAUUGUACUUCGGACAUUCAGCAAAAGAGCUGGUUUAGCGGGAAUUCGAGUUGGAUAUGGAGCAUUUCCAUUCAGCAUUAUUGAAUAUUUAUGGAGGGCUAAGCAACCAUAUAACGUGUCCGUUGCUGCUGAAAUUUCUGCAUGUGCAGCCUUGACGAAUCCUGUGUAUCUAGAGAAUGUUAAAGUGGCUUUGGUGCUAGAAAGGGAGAGACUCUUUAAACUUUUGAAAGAAGUACCAUUUCUCAAUCCAUAUCCGAGCUAUUCUAAUUUCAUUCUUUGUGAGGUUACAUCAGGAAUGGAUGCUAAGAAGUUGAAGGAAGACCUUGCGAAAAUGGGCAUUAUGAUUCGUCACUACAAUAAUAAAGAACUGUCUGGUUAUGUCCGAGUGUCUGUUGGCAAGCCUGAGCACACGGAUGCCUUAAUGUUGUGUCUCAAACGCCUAGGCUGAUUCUAUUUGAGCCUUCAGUGAAAAUGAAAUUCUCUUGGCAUCAAAAGGUUCUUUGCUUAUAGGUACGUAGAAAGAAGUGGAAACGGCCUUGUGAGCAGGGACCUCAUUUGGUAAAAUAUCAGUUUAACAAGCAUUCUUUGUUAGGAGGAAAAAGGGGUGGGGUGGAUUCAGUUAGAAACCUUGGGCAUAUUUAUUCUGUUGAAUUAGACAAUGAACAGAUACGUCACGUGUUAAAUACGGUCGAAUAUAACAUAUCGAAUGUGAUUUCUUGAAAUAGUGAAAUUGAAAUGAAUUGAAAGUAUAUCGUAUUGUGAUUGUUCAUGUA